UGGAGCCAGAGACCAUUAGAGACUUGAUGUAUGAAGGACAACCCCGUAGGCAUGUUGGCUCAGAGAGUGCGAACUCGCCAUCAUGCCAGCAGUAUUUCCCAGAGCAGAUGAGGUGAAGGUGAAACCUCUUGCCUGCAAUGACAAGUGGUGCAUUCUCGUUUUUGCGUUGGUCAUCACUGGUAUGGCGGGACUCACUUGGUGGGCAACCGCGAAAGAAGGUGCCAACAUUGAACGAUUGAUUCAUCCAGUAGAUUAUUCUGGACAGGUUUGUGGCUAUAGCCCAGAGGUCAAGGACAAACCUUUCCUCUACGUUUGUGGCAAGGCCAAUGCAGGAUUUGAGGGUAAUUACCCCACACAGUUGGACUUCCAAUCAAGAACCUGCGUUUCCGAGUGCCCAAAACUGGGCGGUGAAGUGGCCUGCAUUGGAAAGCCUCUGGUGACGCCUUAUGCGGUGGAUUCACAAGAUCACAACGGCAUCAAUGUACAUGGGGUACAGGUGCUUAAGACUGUGACCUGGCGUGUCUCACAGGCCGUCACAUAUCAGAAAGCAUAUCCCACUGAACCGUUCCGGCACAUGAUGUGUGCUCCAGGGUGGGAAGCACCCAACGAUUUACGCGAUCAGAUCAUCUUCGGUGCAGCAAGUCCUCUAUCGAAAAGCGGAGAGGCAUUUGGCAGUCUGUUAACUGCAUGGCCAGUACUUCUCGCAGUCUUCUUUAUUGCGACGGUACUGUCGCUCUUAUUCUUGCUUUUGAUGACCCACUAUGCGGGUCCUGUGCUGUUCAUUGCCAUUGUUUUGGCGGAUAUCCUGAUCUUCCUGCUGGGCCUCUUCUUUGCCAUGGGCAUCUUCUUCGAUCCCUUCAACACGGGCGGAUGGUAUCAGAGUGUAAAUCCUAUUGAAAGGACGAUCUACGGCGAGUGGGCCAGGGUCCUAUCUCUGCUGGUAGGUGUGAUCCUGUGUGGUAUGGGAGUCCUGCUGUUGCACGCCUUGUACCACUCUUCAGAGAGGAUCGAUGAACCAGUAGGACUCAUCCACGCGUCCAUGGAAUUCAUCUUCGAGCCAAGUGGCAGUUCGGUGAAGUUCCUGAUUCUGGUGCCAUUUCUAUCCUCGAUCUUCACCGUUGCAAUGGUGGGAUUUGCCAUUCUUUGCUUCAUGCUGGUGCUCACUGCCGGACCUGUGGACUCUCGAGGUAUUGUCAUCGAUGGCCAUCACUAUCCAAGCAUGUACAAGGGAAUCCAGAAGCCUUGGAAUGGCUUUGGUUGGGAUAUCUCCAUGUUCCUCUUUGUUGCUGGCUUCAUUUGGCUCGUUGAGCUGAUGGUGGCGGUCCAGCAGUACACGGUGACGCACUGCGUGUGCAACUGGUUUUUCCAGCCCAUCAAGAUGCUUCCGUCGAAGGAGAAGGAAAAGGAGAAGAACGCGCCGAAGAAACCUGACUCCCAUGAGGCCUCCAUCAGCUACCAGCAUCCAGCUUCAUCCAGCUUCAUCCAGCACCAGUCUGCAUUGACUUCCAGACCUGGCAGCGUCGAACAGCUCAAACUGGGGGUCCUAUGUGGCCGUCCUCAUGCUCUCUGGGCACCCCCACAGAUCAUCACAGAUCCAACUAUGGCAGAUCCAGUUUUCUGGAAAAGAGCAGGGACACCAAACCAGUUCCUUUUUAGUGUUUCGUGA